AUGUCCCCAUUUAUUCCUCACCUAAUUCUGCGUGACAUUUUCAUUAACCUCUCGGCAGAGGAUUCUUCCGUAGCCCUUUCGACACUUCAUUCUUGUAUGCUAGUCAAUCGUCACUGGUGUUCGAACGCAGUUCCCGUCUACUGGUCAAAACCCUUCCGUCAUACGUCACCUUUACUCAUACACACACUUCUCCAUUCACUUUCACCGUCGGAGCGCAAUGCCAUUACGCGAGUGCAAGAUAUUCCUCUUCCAUCAGCCAUGCAUAAACUACAUUAUAAUUAUCCGCUGUAUUUGAGAGAUCUUGAUUACUGGCCGUUUAUGAAAUCAGUCAAGGCAUACAUUACAAGAGCAACGACGACAACGACCAGAGAUAACAAGUCGAAAACGUUAAAUGGGGUCAGAGACAGAGAAAGAGAAGCACAUAAUGACAAUUUACGCCAUGCAAUGUCAAAUGAACUUUUCAAAAUGUUCAUUCGUUUGGGCGUAAAACUCUAUCACCUAAGAGUUCUUACGUGGGAAGAUCAACUGGACAGUAAUGAGUAUUUACUACUUUUAAAACCGGAAUUACACUCACUUCUUACCUCCGUAAGAGAACUCGAAAUAGCGGCUUGCUACCAAAAGUCUGUCUUUUUAUCGUCACUAGCCAAAAUAUGCCGUAAUAUACGUUCAAUGCAUCUAACUCUGGCCAAUUGGGGUUCUCCGGAAGACAACGGUAAAGCGGAAAUGCUCGGUUUAUCCGAACUCAUUAAGGCUCAGAAGUCUUUAGCGCGAAUACAAUUUUGGACGUUUAGGCACUACGGAAUAAACAUAGAAUAUGUGUUAGAAGCAAUCCAGACACAGGCAGAGUCGUUAAAAGAGAUAGACUUUCAUGAUGUAAACUUUACGGCCACAAAACCGUUAAGUAAUAUAGCAGCAUGUUAUAAUCUUGAGCGAUUAACGCUGAAAGGAUGUGACAUUAAUGGUAAUGUGAUAUCGCCGUUGCUCUGCGCAAAGUUUCCUAGAUUAGGUAACGUUGAGUAG